UGGCAGUUGUUAUCCUUGUAGGGCUGAGCUUCAGCAUCUCACACAGCAGAAAUUCAAGCUUCACUUAUUGACUGUUCUGUAGUUUCCAAGCGAGGAAGAGUCUCUUAAGUGUAGAAAAGCGAGUGCUGGGCACAGCUUGUCACGGGGGUCACUGCGUGCUGUGGGCCGUGGCUCUGCUCCUGCCCGGCCCGCGGCCGUCACAGGGCGGGAGGAGCCGCCGUGCCCUCGGUUACCGGCACUGCCCGGCGCUGCCCGCGGCCGGGCUAUUCUCCAGACCACCGCACCCACAGGGGAGCCCUGAGAGACCGCGAGGAGCAGCCAGACAGAGCCGCUGCUUUCCAAACCCCUCCAGAAGCACCGGCUCACUCCGCCCGGCCCGGCCCGGCCCAGUACCUUGGAGGACACGGUCGCCACCAGCUUGAAGAGACAGUAUUUGGUGUAUUAUAUUGAAGCAAAGCUGCACACAAUACAUAAAUACUACAAUACAGCUUGACAUUGAUCAUGAAGACCUUUUGUGGAAGAGCCAAUCCAACCACGGGCUCGAUGGAGUGGCUGGAAGAGAGUGAGGACUAUGACUACCACCAGGAGAUUGCAAGGUCACGCUAUGCAGAUAUGCUUCAUGAUAAGGACAGAAAUGUGAAAUACUACCAAGGUAUUCGUGCUGCAGUGAGCAGAGUAAAAGAGAGAGGUGAGAAAGCAAUCGUGCUGGACAUAGGGACUGGCACAGGACUCCUGUCCAUGAUGGCAGCUUCAGCUGGGGCAGAUUUCUGCUAUGCCAUUGAGGUGUUCAAGCCCAUGGCUAAUGCUGCUGUGAAGAUAGUGGAGAAAAAUGGUUUUUCUGACAAGAUCAAAGUAAUCAACAAGCAUUCUACUGAAAUCACAGUUGGCCCAGAUGGAGAUAUGCAGUGUCGGGCAAACAUCCUGGUAACAGAAUUAUUUGAUACAGAGCUGAUUGGAGAAGGAGCUUUACCAACCUAUGAGCAUGCACACAAAUAUCUUGUACAGGAGGGAUGUGAGGCAGUGCCUCACAGGGCAACAGUGUAUGUCCAGUUAGUGGAAUCUAGAAGAAUGUGGUCCUGGAAGAAACUGUUUCCUGUUCAUGUUGAAGCAGAGGAUGGUGAAAAAAUACUUGUUCCACCUUCAGAAAUGGAGAACUGUCCAGGUCUUCCUUCUGUUUGUGAUAUCCAGCUGAACCAGAUGCCUUCAAAUGACUUCAGUACCCUUAGUGAUGUGGUGAAAAUGUUCAGUGUGGAUUUCAGUAAGCCAGUACAGAGUGCUUCUACUUACUAUAAAGUGCAGCUGGAGCCUGUGAAAUCUGGCAAGGCACAAAUUGUACUUUCCUGGUGGGAUAUUGACAUGGACCCCUCUGGGAUGAUAAAUUGCACAAUGGCUCCCUACUGGGUGAAACCCACUUCUGCUUUGCAGUGGAGGGAUCACUGGAUGCAGUGUGUUUAUUUUCUUCCACGUGAGGAGCCAGUUCUGCAGGGUGAGAAGUUGUACCUGACUGCCUGUCGUGACGAGUACUCUGUGUGGUACAACCUGCAGAAAGCCAGAGAAGGGCAGAAUAGAGCAGAUGAAGAGGAGCAUACAGCAGAUGCCUGUGUGGAGAGUCCUGUCUGUAGGUGUCGUGCCCAUCUGCUUUGGAACAGGCCCCGCUUUGGGGAGCUGAAUGAUCAGAACCGAACAUGCCAGUACAUCAAGGCCUUGAGGAAAGUUCUGAAAACAGAUAGUGUUUGCCUUUGUAUCAGUGAUGGCAGUCUGCUGCCUGUGCUGGCUCAUUAUCUUGGAGCAAAGCAGGUGUUUACUUUAGAAAACUCUGGUGUGUCCUGUUCUGUCAUGGAAAAAUUUUUUAAAGCAAAUCAUCUUGAAGAUAAAAUUAAAAUAAUAGAAGCUCGUCCUGAGUUGCUGAAGCCUUCUCAUUUGGAGGAUAAAAAGAUUUCUGUCCUUGUGGGAGAGCCGUUUUUCACAACGAGUUUGUUGCCGUGGCAUAACCUGUAUUUCUGGUAUGCCAGGACAGCUGUGAGCACUCACCUUGCCAGCAGUGUCACUGUCCUCCCUCAGUCUGCUUCUUUGCACAUGAUGAUUGUGGAGUUCCAGGACUUAUGGAGAAUCCGGAGUCCAUGUGGCAUCUGUGAAGGUUUUGAUGUCCAGACUAUGGAUGAUAUGAUUAAAGAUUCUCUGAAUUUUAGGGAAUCCAAGGAAGCAGAACCUCACCCGCUGUGGGAAUAUCCCUGCAAGUCACUCUCAGAGCCCCAGGAAGUUUUGACGUUUGACUUCACAAAGACUGUGCCACAGCACUGUCUCAGCACAGAGGGCUCUGUGAAGCUCUUAAGGAAAGGCAAGAGCCACGGAGCAGUUCUGUGGAUGGAAUAUCAUCUUACUGCUGAUAUCUCUGUUAGUACAGGACUGAUGCAACUGUCCAAUGAAAAGGGAAACUGUGAAUGGAAUCCCCACUGCAAGCAAGCUGUUUAUUUCUUCAGCCCUGUUAUUGAAUCAGAAAUUUUGUCAGACCCUACUGCUGUCACAUAUGCUAUAAAUUUUGACACAAAGACAGGAGAGAUUGCCAUGGAUUUUCAGCUAUUAUAAAAUACUUCCUCCUGCUCAUAUUCCUAAAUUAUAAUAAACAUACAGUAUUUCCCCUUUUUUGUACAGCAGAGGGUUUCUUUCAUUGUGUUCAGAGAGCAAACUUUUCUUUAACAUACUUCUAAUCUUUUUGGGUUUGUUUUCAAAAUACAGUUAGUGAGGUGGAGAGGAACUAUUUCUUAGGGGCAGGUAUUCUUGUCAGGGUUUAUAUACAUAUAUACACAUAUGCUUUUUAUCAUCUUUUUCAGGGUUUUACAUAGUGUUAAGGAGGUACAAAACAGUUGAUUUGACAGUAGCAGCUGGUUAUUGCAUGGCAUAUCACUGGAUGAGGACACCAGGCUGUACACUGACAUUAGAGAAAAGUGAGUUAAACACAUCUAUUUCUAGGCUGUGCUCUUGUCACUGUAAAAUGAGAUAAUCUCCAGACUGCACAAAAAGAAAUCCCAACUCAAGCCAUAUAUGUAUAUUAGUACAUUUAAUAGGGAGAAAGAAACAGCUUAGCUGCUCUCAGACUUGUCUGAGUUGUGGCUGGUUCUAAGCUGAAAUGGCCAGGGAAUUAAACGGUGGUGCACUGAUGUUCUGCUGCAGCUGAUGAUCUGAGAUGCUGCAUUUCUGAAGAGUCCUUUGCCAAAAUGUGACCAACAUCUGGAAAGCUGUGACUGGAAUUUAGGAAGUAUAUAUUCAAAUUAUUGGACGUGACAAACCGAUGGUAGUCUGACCAGAAACAAAAAAAAAGAGUUGUGGGCAAAAAGCAAAUCUUUCUGAGAUAUGUAAUAUUCAAUAUAUGAUUGAGGAUGACUCAUUCCAUCAGAGGUGUAAAUAAAACCUGCCAGUUUGGCUAAGUUGUGAGGUGCUCUGCAGUAGCACAUGUCCACUACUGAGGUUUUCUUAGUUGCUCUCCAGAUCACAUUGGCUGCAGUGGCAUUGUAUGAAAUGAGUUCUGCUUUAGAUGAAGAAUCAAUUGGUGUAUCUGUUUUGUAUGUGCGACCUAUUAAAGUUUUGAUAGAAAAUCAA